AUGGCCGAUAUGGGCAUGGGAGGAGGAGGAGGAGGAGGAGGAGGAGGAGGAGGAAGAGGAAGGACGGAGGGAGUCGUAUACGAAUUACGUACCUACGGUCCGGCUAUCCUGAGGCCGGCCCGGUCACAUGGCGAGCAGGUGAGUCACCUGAUAACGGACCGCCGAUGCCGCAUCGGAUCCAGCACAUCCUACACCUCACUUUCCCAAUUCUAUUUAACUUCCCACCGUCCACUUCGUUUGACUCUUGAACUUGGUGAUCAUCUUGUCCCUUCGCUGGCGCCGAUCGCCUUCUACCUCGCCGUUCAUCUCCUCCGCCGCCCCCCCCAUCUUUCCCUUCUCCACGCCCGGUCUAUCACAAGCGGAAUGGCGUUCGUACAUCUGGCUGCCCGGCGGUUGCCCGUCGCUAGGAGACUCGUCCCUGGCAUUGAGACCCUGGCUCAGCAGCGAUUCCUCUCCGCCUCGCGCCAGGUGAACGCCCAGGCCAAAGCAUCGGUGCCAAAUCCUGAUCCCGCCGCGGACUCCGCCUCGGUGGCCUUUGUGAACGACCAAACUCCCUACAUGGUGCCCACCUACGUUCGGCCCGCGCCCGUCAUGGUCAAGGGACAAGGAUGCUAUCUGUGGGAUAUGGAGAACCGGAAAUACCUCGAUCUGACGGCCGGCAUUGCGGUCAACUCUCUGGGUCACUGUGAUCCCGAGGUCGCUCAGAUCGUUGCCGAGCAGGCUGAAGUGCUCGUCCACGCCUCGAACCUUUACUACAACGCAUGGACGGGUGCCCUGAGCAAGCUCUUGAUUGAGGUCACCCACAAGUCCGGCGCUAUGCGCGAUGCAUCCCAGGUGUUCAUCUGCAACUCCGGAACCGAGGCCAACGAGGCCGCGAUCAAGUUUGCUCGCAAGGUCGGUCGUUCGCACGACCCCUCCGGCGCAAAGCACGAGAUUGUCUCCUUCCACAACUCCUUCCACGGUCGCACCAUGGGCGCGCUCUCGGCGACCCCGAACCCGAAGUACCAGACCCCCUUCGCUCCCAUGCUGCCCGGCUUCAAGUAUGGCAAGUACAAUGACGUGGCCCAGCUCGACACUCUCAUCACCGAGAAGACCUGUGGUGUGAUCGUCGAGCCCAUCCAGGGUGAGGGCGGUAUCAAUGUGGGCACUCCGGAGUUCCUGACCGCUCUGCGCCGGCGCUGCGACGAGGUCGGCGCUGUGUUGAUCUUCGACGAGAUCCAGUGCGGUCUCUCGCGGACAGGCACCCUCUGGGCCCACGCCCACCCGUCACUGGCGCCGGCCUCUGGUGAGGCGGCCCACCCCGACAUCCUGACUUCUGCCAAGGCCCUGGGUAACGGUCUGCCCAUUGGCGCGACCAUUGUCUCGGAGAAGGCCGUCGCCAGACACAUCAAGCCCGGUGACCACGGAACCACUUACGGUGGUAACCCCUUGAUGUGCCGUGCCGCUCACCACAUCGUCACCCGUCUGGCAUCGCCGGAGCUACAGGCGUCAGUCGAGACCAAGGGGGCUUUGCUCGUGUCCGGAUUCGAGGCCCUCCAGAAGAAGUACCCCAACGUCAUCUCGGAGAUCCGCGGCCGCGGGUUAAUCCUGGGUGUCCAGCUGUCCCCGGAGUUCACCGCCAAGGCCUCCGAUCUGGUGGCGGCUGCCCGCGAGCGCGGAAUGCUGAUCAUCACGGCCGGUGAGGGCUGCAUCCGCUUUGUUCCUCCCUUGACUAUCACCGAGGAGCAACUCAAGACCGGCCUUCGGAUUCUGGAGCAGGCUCUGGACGCCGUGGUGGCUGCGGCGUAAAAGGCCCGAGGGUGACGGGGCACGAGUACAAAAGUCAUUUAAUCUUCUGUCAGUCGACGCAUAUAUUUCUCCUGUGAUGUGACAUGCCUUAUGCUUUGGGAUCUCGGGACAUUAAUUCGCUUUUUAUCUGAACAUUUCUGCGGCAGUGGCAUAUAGACGGCGGGUUAGAUAUCAAAAUUGGAAAUUAAUGAAACCAAGCGUUGCUGUACAAGGCUACCAGCCUGCCCGACCUCUCCCGAGCUGGAUUUGUUACGG